UUUCGGCUAGUGCGCUAUACUAACACAAGACUGGCAUGUCUAUGUGAUACGCCUUUACGUUCAGAACCGAUCUACAUAAUUUGGGCAGUAUUUCAUUAACUUGAGUUUGUAUGUGUAUUUAAAAAGUCAAAAUGCGCGUAAUUGACGUUACACAAACUUGCAGUCGCUGGAUAACUCGGAUGUAUAAACCAACCAGUGUCAGGGAUCUCAAGCAAUAGAUUUUAGACUGGUAUCCUCUCAGAUUAUUUGAAAACGUUUUUUUUUAUUAUCGAUUUUAUACAUGGAUCUACAUUUUGUAAAUCUCUUGGACCAUACUCCCCACGACUGUACUGCUGCUGCGACUACGAGCUCAGAAAUAAUGGAAGUUACAAGUGAAGCCUUUUGUGCCGGAGACUACGAUCUUUCUGUUGAGAUCUACAGCUCUCAGCAAGCGGACGUCCGACACCCGGACCGGGGCCUCUCUCUUCUGAAAGCGGACGCGCUCAGUAGGGCUGGGCGGAUUGCAGAGGCUGUAGACUGGUACUUCACAGCCGCAAACCUUGAACGGCUGCAAGCCAACGAGCUAGGGACUCUUGUUGACUGUAUUGCACACUCUUUGCGUAUAAAAGAAUGCACAAAUUCCACGGUGGUGUCCGAGGAUGAGCAAUCGUUGGACCUAUUUUCAUGUCGGCUUUGCAAGUGUUUGUUAACUGACCCAGUAACUUUAGAAUGCGGCCACACAUUCUGCAAACGAUGCAUUGAGGAUGACGCUAUCAAAGAAUGUGAAAUCUGUGGUUGUAAACUGAUCAAAACGUACGGACAAAUAAAACCAAUCGGGUUUAGAGUGAAUGUUGUGCUCCGCUCCCUUUUGGAUAAAUGGUUUUGCGCAGAAAGUAAAGCAAGACGAUGCUGGCUUGAAGGAGAGAGAAUGCGGAGUGAACGAGACUUUAUCAACGCUCUUGAAAAAUACAACAAAGCCGUGGAAAUAGCCCCCUAUAUGCCUCCGUUGCUGGGCCGACGGGCAGAGCUACACAUGGCCAUGAACAACUUCAGGCAGGCCAUCGAAGACCUAGAUGCCGUGUGCCGACUGAAGCCCCUUUCUCCCGAGGCGCACCACGCGAAGGCCCUGGCUCUGAACAAAGCGGGCCAGAAGGGAGAAGCCCUGCGGAUGUACCUGUACUGUGUUGCCCUGAAGCCAGACUGGGGCUCAGUCAAGCUAGAAGCUCAGGCGAUGCUGAGUGACAUGUUCUCCUCCGUGUUCCAGAGAGACGUUCGCCCCAAAUUACUAAUCUUCCAGCAUCGUACAGGUUCCCACCUCAAACCAGCCUCCCUUCUCCUUGGCUACCUCCAUUCCAACCCUGGUAGACAGAGCCAAACCCCUAAUGGUAGGAAAUAUGUUUUGUCUAACACUGGAGCAGAGAACAAGCCCCCAUGUGAGGACUCCGCAACCCUGGCAUCUGUCCUGGCUGGCCUAUCCAGCCCCACAGGCCUGAAGCGAAGGACGUCAGAAAAAUUUCGUGGCUCUGCCCCCUUCAACAAGCAUCUCAAAAUAGAUGAGGUGAGAUCAUCCCAGAUGCCAGCCGCCUGUUGCAAUGAGAGGAGAGAGGUGCCCUCUCAGCUCCUGGAUACCUCUGACCUGGAGUGCUCUCUCUGUAUGAGGCUGUUCUACGACCCGGUCACCACCCCCUGUGGGCACACCUUCUGUUUGAAGUGUCUGGAGCGUUGCCUGGAUCACAACCCCAUCUGUCCCCUGUGUAAAGACAACAUUGCAGAGUACCGGACCACCAGAGGGUGCCACAAGACCCUGCUAAUGGAGGAGGUGCUUCAGCAUUACCUGUCUGAGGAGCUGGCCGAGAGGAGCACGGUGCACAAGGAAGAGAUGACUGAGCUCUCAAACUUAACCAAGGAGGUGCCCAUUUUCAUCUGCACCGUGGCAUUCCCCACGAUCACCUGCCCGCUGCACAUCUUCGAGCCCUGCUAUAGGCUAAUGAUCCGACGCUCUGUGGAGACGGGAACCAAGCGGUUUGGAAUGUGCAUUGCCGACAGUGUCAAGGGCUUUGCCGACUACGGUUGCAUGUUGGAGGUGAAAGACAUGAAGUUCUACCCAGACGGGGGCUCUGUGGUGAUCGCGGUCGGGGUGUCUCGCUUCAAAGUUCUAAGCCACGGCCACCGGGAUGGCUACAGCACGGCCGAGAUUGUGCUCUUGGAGGACCAGAAGGUGGAGGGAGAGGAGUUGGCGGAGCUGCGGAGGCUGCACGACUCGGUGUACGAUCAAGCCUGUGCCUGGUUCACGUCCCUAAAGGAGAACAUAAAGAACCAGAUCGUCCAUCACUUCGGACAGCUGCCCGGGAAAGAUCCUGACAUGCAGUGGAGUCCCAACGGCCCGGCCUGGUGUUGGUGGCUACUCGCAGUCCUUCCCCUGGAGCAGAGAGCCCAGCUAAGCAUCUUGGCCAUGACCACCCUCCGAGACCGCCUCAGCGCCACCCGCCGCGUACUCAUCCUCGUCGCACGAAAACUACAGAAGCCGCCUUCGACCGCAGCGUCUGCAUCACUGUAGCUGUUUAGAGUCACUCAAGAGUUGAAAGGGAGGCUACUAAAUUCUCCUCUGAAGUGCUAGCCUCAGAUGGAUAUAAUGUUGUUCUUUAUACGGAAGCCUUUUUCUUUCUUUUUUUUUGAGACCCAGGGAUGGGUCCUACUUGACUCUAAUAAAAGAUUGAUGGGCCACCCCUACCAAACCAGAUCACAUUUUAAAUGGGUGUCAGUAACAUUGAAGCAGGUCUAUUAACUCUGGUUUUGUUCAUUUUGUGCAGAAUUAUAUUGAUGUUUUCCCACUGUCUUACUUUUGAGUUUUACAAAUUAAGCCUUACAUUUUUAUAUCUAAUAUUUUGAAAUCAAUUCUCAUUAUACUAAAAUGUCAUUUUUCUAUGCAACGUAAUGAAGAAAAUUUGUUUUAUUGCCUAUACACACUAUGCACUUCGGUUGUGUGGUUAUUUAUUUUAAAUUUUUUACCCCUUCAUAUUCUAUGUUCUUAAUAAUGUCACGAGUGCUUGAUGCAAGAAAGUGAAAUACAGUGUCAUGACAGACAUUGCUUUAGCAGCAAACAUCCACUGGGUGGUAGCAAAUGGGGUCAAUGCAGCAGCCCUACAUUUGAACAAGUGGGUUUCUUUUGACAGGUCCGCCUCUUAAAUCUGUCCCAAUAACAAUAGACAAUAGGCACACACCCUAUGAUUCAACAGCCUACCUUCAGAUAAGUUCAUUUCAUCAGUGUUUAGAGUAGGUCUUACUAAUUGCCUUUAUGUUAGAGCUUAUGUUUUGAGCCUCUCCAUGGUGUUUUCCCAGCAUCACUGUGUUAUUCUGGCCCAGCCGGAAUGGUCUGUCCUGUUGAGUAGCUGAAGACAACUCGCUUUAGUUUGUUUUCCUGACAGUCUUUAUGAAUCUGAGGUCGAAGAGUCCCUCAAGGUAAUGAUUGUGCGCGCGAGACUGCCACAAACAGGUACUCACUUUCACAGUUGGUGACAUGUAUUCCAAUCACACAACCAGUAGUCUACAAGAUAAACACAAAACAAAAGUUUUUCCUGAAUUUUAAGGACUGGUGGGUUAUGUGUGGAUAUGGCUGUUUACUCACAUCGUUGCAUCUAGGAGCAGACAGGUGAGUAAUUUCAGUUACUGUGAAGUCAGAACUGGCACAAACUGUCUUUUGUAGACAAUGAGUCACCUUCAUGCGUCUGUCCUCGCAAUGGAUUUAUCUGGAAUCUCACAGAUGUUCAAAUUACCAAUCCCACUUGAUAAACAGCAUUCUGUCAAAACCAUUUACAGAAAUCCCAUUUUGCAGCCUACUAUUACAAUGAACUGAUUAUCUGAUCUUUUUUCAUAGGAUGUGGAAUACACAGGGAAAAGCGUGUGAAUCACCACACUGAUGACUUGAGGCACAU